AUGAAAGCCCUCGUAUACCGUGGUAAUGGUGUUGUCAAAUUGGAGGACAAAGACAAACCUGUUCUUAAAGAUCCAACUGACGCAAUCGUCAAAAUCAAAUACACAACCAUAUGUGGUUCUGAUCUUCACAUCCUUCACGGGUUCGUGCCGACAUGCAAGGAAGGGACAACUAUCGGUCAUGAAGGUGUCGGCGUUAUAGAAGAGAUUGGUGACGGUGUCAAAGCAUUCAAACAGGGCGACACCGUACUCAUCUCAUGCAUGUGGUCAUGUGCCACCUGUAAGAUGUGUCGUCGCGGACUUCUUUCUCAUUGCGAGAAGGAAGAGGGUGGAUGGAGACUUGGACACACCAACGACGGCACACAGGCAGAGUAUGUCCGUAUUGCAAUGGCCGAUUCCAGUCUCCACAAACUGCCACAAGGGGUUGACGAAAAGGCAGCAGUAAUGUUGAGUGAUAUUUUGCCAACAGGAUAUGAAGUUGGGGUUCUCGCGGGUGACGUUCGUCCUGGAGCGACUGUCGUGGUGGUCGGGGCAGGGCCUAUUGGUCUUUCUGCUUGCAUGACUGCGGGUUUAUUGUCCCCUUCUUUGCUUAUCGCGAUCGAUAGAGACCCCUCGAGACUCGAGGUAGCGAAGCAAUUAGGUGCCACUCAUACAAUAGAUAACAGCAAAGAGGACGCGGCUGCGAAGGUGAAGGAGCUCACUAACGGCGCUGGAUGUGAUGUUGUGAUCGAAGCUGUGGGCUAUCCAGCAACGUUCGAGCUUUGUCAGGAACUGGUAGGCUUUGGUGGAAGGAUUGCUAACAUUGGUGUUCAUGGAGAACCUGCUAAGCUUCAUAUUGAGAAGCUUUGGGGCUACAACAUUGCUAUUCACAUGGGCUUCGUGAACACAACAACAACACCGACCUUGAUGCGGAUGUUCGAGGCUGGGACACUCAAGCCCGAUCAGCUCAUAACUCAUGAAUUUGACCUUAAGAAAGAUGGAGAACAAGCAUAUGCAACCUUCGGUGCUGCUGCAGAGCACAAAGCGCUGAAGAUGAUUCUGACGAAUCUUUGA